AACACCCAGAGCAAAAUAUUGAAUAUUUAAGGAGAAUCGACAGGAAACCUAAAUAUUGAGGGGCUCUUGGCCGGGACAAAGGAAUAAGUAAAUGCAUUUAAAGAGGUUCAGAGUCGGUAAUGUAUGUCUAAAAAGUACUGACGUUACUUUCAGAUGACCAAUUUAUAACAUUCAAAUCUCUUUAAUCACUCGCUUUAGUAAAAGUAAAAUAAACGGUUUCAGUUGAAAGUAAAAUAAGGCUGAGAAUUGAAAGUAAAAUAAGGCUGAGAAUUGAAAGUAAAAUAAGGCUGAGAAUUGAAAGUAAAAUGCAGUAAAUAUUGUAAACGAAGUCUUGAGAAUCUGCGUGAAUCAGGUCUCUGUCUCUUUAAGAGUCUGACCCCUCCCCCUGCAGGAAUCCCCACUCUAAGAGGCGGGGCUUCCUUCUUUUGACUCACUCCCAUUGGUCAGAACGGGACCUGUCACUUGCGGCUCUGCUCUCUGAUUGGCUGGGAGAAGGAUUUCCUGUGUUGAUACAAAGAGAGGAGAAGAGUUUGUAACGGAGAGAUGAAGAGGAGUUUUAUGGAAGAGAGGACGAGGUGAGAUGUUUCUAUUUACUGUGGCCUGAUGGAGACCAGGAGGAGCACGGGAGGACUGCUUUUAUUCAGCAUCCUGAAGGUCUAAAAGGUGUCCGAUUAAAUUGACUUGUUUUUCCAGGAGGGCUGUUUUUAUGACCCGGAGCUGCAAACACUCCCAGCGUCCCCAGUAUAAACGACUCCUAUGGUUUCAACAGAUUUGAGAAUUGGCCCACGUGACCUCGCUGCUGUUAGUCGGGAUGAGCGGGAAGCAGAGCGAGAUGGAGGGUCGCCUCGACGACAUGCUGUCACGCAUCGCCGUGGAGACGCAGGAGAUCGAAGAGCUGGAGCGACAGCUGACCGACGGUCAGAUUUUGGCGAACGAAUCUCUGCAGAGGGAUUUGGAGGGAAUCAUCUCCGGACUCCAGGAGUAUCUGAGAGGCCUCAGAGAGCAGGCUCGCCUUGCUCAGCAUCAGGUUGUUAGUCUGCAGGCUGAGAAUCAGAGUCUGCAGCUCCACCUGGAGCACAGCGCCAGGACACACAGACAGGACCUGUCUGUGCAGCAGGAGGAGGCUGAUGCUCUGAGAGAGAGACAGGUGCAGCUGGAGGCAGAGCUAACCCGGACACAGGAUGAAAAGGCUUCUCUUCAGCUCACAGUCUGGAGGCUUCAGGCUCAGUGUGAGGUCAGCAGGACCGUCAUGGACCGGACCAGGAUCCAGCUGGACCAGAUCACAGAGGCCCUGUUGGAACCUCAGGAGCUUCACAUCGGUCCAGAGCACACAUACAGGACGGAGGACAUGCUGUCCAGGAGUGUGGAGCAGCUCCUCAGGGCCAUCCAGCUCACCAGGACCAGGACCAACCAGGACCAGAGCAGGGAGCACAUCCACAAACUGCACUACCAGAUAACCCAGGACCAGGACCAGAUAACCCAGGACCAGGACCAGAUAAUCCUGAAUCAGUAUCGGAGAACCAAGGACCAGGACCAGAUACCGCAGCUGGAGGUCUUGGGAGUGGACCAGCCCCAGGACCAUGACCAGGACCAGGACCAGGACAAACACCAGAAUUGGAGGCUGCAGGAGGAGCUGCAGAGACUGAGGGUCCGGCUGCAGGAAUCUGAGAGCAGAAACAGAGUCCUUCAAAACAACCGGGAGCAGCUUCAGGACGUCCAGCAGGAGAGGGACGCUCUGCUGCUGCAGAGCGUGGGUCACCAGAGGAGCCUGGAGCGUCUCAACAGGAAACUACGGCAGCUCAGCAGGGACAUGAGAGACCAGCUGACUGUGGAUCAGCUGAGGACGACAUCACAGCAGCUGAGAGACCUCACACACACACUGCAGGAGGAGGUGGAGGAACACACACACAUAGUGGAGCAGCUGGGGGCAGAGCUACACAAAGCUCAGAGACACAAACACCGAACCAGGACCAGGGCCAGGACCAGGACCAGAACAGAAGGGGGAGCGGUGGUGCUUCAUUCCUCCAGGACACACCGACUCCGGACUGGGCCUGCAGGACCCCCAUCCUGAGGGGGGGCAGCACGGACCUCCUGCAGGAGGGGGGAAGUGGGUCGACAGUGGGGGGGGCAGCGACGCCGAGACGAGCUCCAGAGAGACGCCUGAGACUCCUGCAGGGGGCGUCCCCCCCCACAGGGACACGGGAGACAGGUGUGUGUGUGAGUUUGCGCACAAAGAAGCCAAGAGACUGGAGGAAGAGAAGAAGAAAGUACGACUGGAAAGCAAACAACUACGACACACACUGAGACAACACAGGAGUGUGAUGCAGGUGUGUGAUGAGGUGGAGUGUGUGGAGAAAACUCUGCUGAAGAGACAAGCUGAACUCCGACGGGCCGACCGACUGCUUCUGGAGGCUCAGAGCUGCACACACACCUCCAGAGAGCAGGAGGAGAGGUGGAGUGGUGAGCUACAGAGAGAGUCACUGAGACAACAAGAGGACAACCUGAAGGUGAGACAUUCAUUCUCCUCUGACACGGAGGAGGAGCAGCUCUCUGGACUCAUGAAUGAACACGGUGUAUGGAGAGCUGAACCUGUGGCCUGAAACCCUCCCCGAGACUGGCGGUUUUAGUCCUGGUCCGGACGGCAGCAGACAGAACGGCUUGUUGCCGGGGUGAUGGGGGUCUUAUAGUCCUGUGGGCUUUCUUCCUGAGCCGCUGGGAGUAGAGGUCCUCCAUGGACAGCAGCCACUGUUUCAGUCAUCGAAUCGCUUUUUUAGCUUGAAGGAAAAAUGUCUAAUUAUCUGAGAAACAAAUAAAAAAGGAAAGUUUCUCCUGAUUUAAAAAGCAGAGCAGGCGUUCAGCAUCCUGCUGAGGAACAUCAACUGCUUCAGCUGAAACAUAUAGAAUAACCAUUUACAGUGUAAUGCUAUUUAUAAUAAACCAUAUUACAAAGCA